UUCCAGGCUGUUGAGCCAAAUCGCUCCUCAUCGACCCCCUCGCUCCGUUUGGGAAAGAAGAAAAUAAACCUACUGCAGCUAGCUAGCCAAGCUAGUUGUGGAAGCAAUCGUUAAACAUUUCUUUUACGGCCAAUGUUUGACUUGGUUGUGCUCUUUUUGCAUGCAGACGUUUUAUCUUGGGGAGAAGAGGCACCUGGAGCCAUUUGGUGUUUGUGAACAUUUCUUUUUCCAGGCUUAGUGAAGACACCGACCGGGACCGGAUUUCUUUAGCAUUAGCGUAUCUGCGAGCUAGCAUGCUGGCUAAUAGCCUGGGUGAACUUCGCAUGGACCAACGCCUGCGACUGGGAUCAGAACCUGCUGUCUGACCGCACCCCCGUUUUUUUUUUUUUUUUUUUUAAACUCACUUCUUCACAUGGAAGUUAGAUGUCGCCCGUUGGACAUAAUCGCGUCAAAGUUUGAUGGCCAUACAAGUGUGCUAAGUUUGUUUUUGUGGCCAUCGCGUUAUUGAUUUGGAGAAACACUGGCGAGCUAACAGGAUAUUAGCCUCUCGUUCGCUGGCUCGCUCGCUCGCUUUGUGGUGGACCGAGAAGCGCAUUCAUCACCGAUUGAGAGUGACGAGCAGGGUGGCUUGAUGGCAGCUAAUUAUUUCUGGGGGGAAAGGAAUUGGAUCAAGGCAACCAGGCGGAGAAUUGUAUAAAAACAACCCUUCGAAUAAAUAGAAGCCGGUUUUGGUCAUUGUUUUUGGAAAAUGUAUGGAAGCGGCCGGUCGUUUUCAAAGUUGGAGUAGAAGAGAAAGACAAGUAAAGAGCAGCAGGAUUACAAUCGCACUGCUGCUUAAAAGGCACCCAGAGAACAUCGGGCAGGACAGGACGUCAACAAGGUGAAAGACGAUGUCUACCGCCAAGGAGAAUUCCUGCAGGAAAUUCCAGGCCAACUUUUUCAACAAAAGCAAAUGUCAGAACUGCUUCAAACCUCGGGAGUUGCAUCUUUUGACGGAUCAGGAUCUGACACAGGCUAAGCCCAUUUAUGGCGGAUGGUUGUGCUUGGCUCCUGAGGGGACCGACUUUGACAAUCCUAUGCAACGCUCACGGAAAUGGCAACGAAGAUUUUUUGUUUUGUACGAGCACGGUUGUCUGCGCUUUGCCCUGGACGAAUCGCCAAGCACGCUCCCCCAGGGCACGGUGAACAUGAACCUAUGCGUGGAUGUCAUCGACGCGGAACCCAAGACGGGCCAGAAGAACUCCUUGUGCAUCAUCACGCCAGAGCAGGAGUACUUCAUCCGAGGAGAGAAUAAAGAGAUCAUUAAUGGGUGGUCUGAACAACUGGUUGUGUAUCCCCGCACCAAUAAGCAGAACCAGAAGAAGAAACGUAAGGUGGAGCCGGCAACCUCCCAGGAGCCAGGGCCAGCCAAGGUAGCGGUGACCGGCUCCGGUAUCCCAGAGGCUGAGAAAGUCCCAGACUCCAGUUCCAUCAUUUGGCAGGAAGAGCUCAACCAAAGAGAGGCUGAAGGGGCGACAGUAUGGGCCCCUGCUGAGCUGCCCUUAGGCUCUCCACCACGUCACCCAACAGGCGAAUGUACGUCUGGCAGACAGGGCUCGGAUGCAGGCUCGGUGAAUGGCGACGAAGUGGAUCAGGGCCAGCACGGUUGUGUGCCGCAGCCACCCGGUGGCCUCCUUUCCCCUAGCGGCUCCUGUUCCAGCCUGGGCGGUGUACCCCGCUGUCUUUCCCCCGCUCCCAGUGACCCUUUCCCGUCCGGCAGCUCGCUGCUGUCCAACGGCUCCCACAUCAGCGGUUCGGUAAGCUCCCUGGACUCGGACGCCAGCGGCAGCACCGUCACCAGCACCGAGAGUCACCCAGCCAGCCAGAGAGGGAACCACUCGUACAGCCACCACGACACGCCUCGAUCCCGGAGGCUGGAAGCCGAAGCCAGGAAGGCGGAGAAGAGGAGCCGCUUUAGGAGCCCUGAAAGGGAGGCUGUUGUCAGCCCGGAGAGGAGUCGAUGUGGUGUUAUUGAGAAGCUGGAGGCCCUGGAGCUUGAGAAUCCAGAGAAAAUGGAGGUGGACGAGUCGGGCAGGAGUGGGGCCAGACAAGGCCGCAGUGAGCACAGACGUUUCCACAGAGAGGGUCUGGAUUUCGCCUCGGCGCUGCCGCCACUGAGGAGAGCCAAGUCCCUUGACCGACGGACUACCGAUUCAGUCAUGACACCGGAUCUACUGAACUUCAAGAAAGGAUGGAUGGUGAAGCUGGAUGAGCAAGGACAGUGGAAGAAAUCCUGGUUUGUUCUGACAGAUCACAGCCUGCGAUAUUAUAAGGAUUCCAUUGCAGAAGAGGCUUCUGACCUGGAUGGUGAGAUUGAUCUGUCGACAUGCUACAAUGUCACUGAAUACCAGGCUCAACGGAAUUACGGUUUCCAAAUACAAACUCAGGAAGGAGUUUACACACUGUCGGCCAUGACAGCUGGUAUACGGAGAAAUUGGAUCCAGGCGGUUAUGAAGAAUGUCAGACCAUCUAAUGCUCCUGACGUAGCAAGCUCAACGGAUGAUCAUGGUUCUUUUUCUCCUCUGGAGGGGCUAGUGAGGCCAGACGUGACCCAGGACUCUCCCUCAUCCGAAACCUCAUCUGUAGAAAGAGAAUCCACUCCGGCCGUCGUAAAAAGCCGAGCACGUGAGCGUAGGCGAGGGGGCCGAUCCAAGACUUUUGAUUGGGCUGAGUUCAGGCCGAUCGCCCAAGCACUUGCACAGCAACGGGCGCAGGAGGCCGAGAGCCUUCGGGCAGAUCUAGGAGAGCUGGAGCGUAGUCGGCGAAGGGAGGAAAGGCGAAAGAGGUACGAGGCUGCCAGCACCAGCUCGUCCACGGAGCCCUCGGCGCUCAAAGAAAGCUGGAGAGCGGACGUUCAAAGUGCGGACAAAUUGCCCGAUUCGUCAGGUCAUCCAUUUCUAGAGAGACAUCAGAAAGUAGAGGAGGUGAUUGAGCAACAUUGGAGAGAGGUGGAGAAGACGCCCAUCCGGGAAGAGCGAAGGGUAGCUCUGCCUUCAACAGGUCCCGCCAGAGAGACUGUGGAGCUCCAACACCUGCUGGGGAAUUACAAGCAAGGGAUGGAAGAACUUAAAGCACAAUUGGAAGGCUGUCACCAGCAGCUGCUCGACUCCAACAAGCACAAGCAGGAGCUUGAAUUUCAGCUGAGAACAGCUCUCGACAGAGAGCAGGACGCACGAGCAGGUUACGUAUCUCCGCUGGAACACCCUUUGGGUCUGGAGGCUGAUGUGACGCCCCAGAUGAAGAGGCCAGAACUGGUUAGUCCUCAAGCACAAAGUUUAACCAAGAAGUACCAGGAGACCAAAGAACUCCUGAAGCAGCAAGAGUUGAAAAAGCGCAAUAUGCAGGCACAGCUUGGCCUUUCACUUUCUCACCACCCUCUUAAAGAACCUUAUUUUUCCCAGCCCCCAAAGACAGCCGCCCUGGAAGGCACUACGCCUGACCCUGUCCAGCAAACACUUAGCCUUUUACUCCUGGACAGUGCGGAAGCAGUUCAAGAAGUCAAUGACUUGACAGCUGGCAAAUAUCUGACUGUACAGGAACUGACAAAGCUCUUAAGAUGCCACACGUGUAAUCAAGAAACGUCAGAGAAACAACCAUUUCUGAAGGUGUUGGAGACCUGGAAAUGUCAACAGGAGAUAGAGAGUGAGAUGAUUCGAAAGACUCUGGCCCGAGCCGGAGAAAGCGUUCGGGAAUACGAGUCCCGUCUUUUAAACAUGGAGGGUUUGGUGGGCUUGAAGGUUCAGAAGCAAAGCCCUUUCGGUCCCCUCUCGAGAAUGGAUAAGCAUUCAGAGAGCAAAGAGCAGACCAUUGGAAUUCUUGAGCAGAAGAUGGAAAUGUUAAUGAGUGAAAACUGCGCCUUGAAACAGAGAUGCCAAGAAAUCAUGAACCAACUGACCGAGGCAGACCGAGAAAUAGACAGACUGAAAGCCGAGCUUAUCAGCCGUCAGUGCGUCCAACAGCAUCUCGUUAUGGAAGAGAUGAAAGGACUCAAGGCUGACCUGGCCCAAAGCCAGGCUAAUGCCAUCGACAGAGAGUAUUUUGAGAGAGAGCUGGAUGAGAAGUCACGGAGGCUCCGCGAAGCUCUGCUUACCGUAGAGCAGCUUGGCAACACCCUAAGGGACACGGAGAAAAAACUGCAGUUGAGAGAAGCCACGUUGAAAGGUCUGGGAUUCCAGGCAGAUUAUGUGGAGGAGCCACCGCACCUGGAGCAGGAGCAGCUGACAGACCUACUUGAAGCCUCACAGGCAAAGUUAUUUGACACUGAGAAAGCCCUCCAUAGCACACAACAACACUGUAUUGAACUCGAGUCCAGGAACCGUGAAUUAAUGGCAUUGCAGCAGAAAUCAGAGGAGGUCCAUCGAGAGAAGCUUAGAGAGGCCGAAAAUCAAAUAGCCGCGCUGCGAGUGAAGUUAGAAAGUGGAGGUGAAACGUCUUUAGAUGUUGCCUGUGUUCAGGAAGGAGCAGAGCAUGUUAAUGGAGGUAGUUUAAAGCAAGUAGCAGAUGAGCUGGAGAAGAGGUCAGAGGCAGCCAAUCAGGUUGUAGACAUGUUAUCGACCAUCAAAGUUGACGUGGAGAAAAUGCUGAAUGACUUAAGAAGCACUUUAUGUGUCAAGCAACACCUUAGUUGUCCAAAAGAAGACCUUUUUUGCCUCAGACAGAAAGACAUGGGCUUGAUUUUAGAGGCCGAAUUCCUGAGCCAGAUUCUGAGUACCACUGAGAUCCGACAAGAAGAAACUGGCCUUGACUGUCAAAUGGCUUUGGCGCAAGAGAUUGCUCGUAAGUCCUUAAAGCGUUUGACAAGUCAGAUUGAUGCGGAAGCUGAAAGCGGCAGAAUGGCCGAGUCCGACUUCUUUUGGAUGUAUAACUGGCUCGAUGAGGAAACCAACAGCGUUAUUCUUGGGCAAUUAACCGACACCUUGAAGGCAAAGGCCAUCAGCUUGACAAAAAUUGCAUUGAGGGUUCAGUCGGCCCAAGAUGACGACGACGACUUUGCGUCUUGCGCGCUAGCUAGCCUUACGUUCGGUCCAAAGCCGAAGCGGUCUUCCGAGUAUCUGCUUGAUGCACUUCGAGACGCUUGUAUGUCGUAUGUGAUUAUUAGGCUGCGGGUGCAGCAUGAAAAAGAGAUGAUGACAAAGCCCACCAAAGUUGACCUUCACGAGUGUCCAAACUGCCCGGGAUUGAGAAAGGUUGUUGAAGACCUGCAGGCCCAACUGGCGGAUCUUCAUCAUCGGUCGUGUGACGCGUCUGUGAAGAAGACAUCCGAGGCAGAAACGUCUACCCGCAUAAAAGAGGAGCCCGCUGAGCAAACCUGUGACAUGAUAGCCAGACAUGAAAAGGAGCUGUGGGAGGUCAAAGACAGCUACCAGCAGGAAGCUGACAGACUGAAGAAAGAAUUAGCUGAAGCCAGUGAAACUCUUUGCUUCCGCUCAGAGGAGAAUGCCAGAGAGAUUGAUUCACUGACCAACUCCAUGGAGGACCUCAAGGAGAAGCACGAGAUGGAACGGAUGAACCUCAUCGCGAGGUUUAACCAGGAGAUAGAGGAGCUGAGGAGCAUGAUUGCUCCUUCAAACCCAAACCAGGCAUCUACAGCCCAGGAGGGUCAGUUGCACGAGCGGACGGCCCAUCUGAAAGCGUGCAUCCAGGAGCUGCUGACGCAAGUUUCAGUUAUGACCCAGGAGAUGAGACGUCGCCGAGAACAGGGCGAGAUAACCACUCUACGGCUGAAAUACGAGAAAGACCUGGCAAAUCUAAAGGCAACUUGUGAGAGGGGCUUUGCUGCAAUGGAAGAAUCUCAUCAGAAGGUGAUCGAUGAACUUCACAAGAAACACCAAAGAGAGCUAGAGAACCUGCAGGAGGAAAAAGAAAGACUGUUGGCGGAGGAAACCGCCGCCACCAUUUCUGCAAUCGAAGCGAUGAAAAAUGCCCACCGGAACGAGCUGGAGAAAGAGCUGGACAAGGCUCGGAAGGCCAACAGCAACGUGGAGAACGCUGACAUGGAUGAGAUCCGCAGACAGCAUGAAGAGGAACUGUGCUCCUUUCAGCGAGAAAUCGAGGUGCUGUCAGAGCAGUAUUCCCAGAAGUGCCUGGAAAACGCCCACCUGGCCCAGGCGCUGGAGGCCGAGAGGCAAGCCCUCAGGCAAUGUCAGCGAGAGAAUCAGGAGCUCAAUGCUCACAACCAGGAAUUGAACAAUCGUCUGGCUGCGGAGAUCACCAAGAUGCGUUCGAUGACUUGUGAGGAUGGAGCGGGAGACGCAAACGCAAUACAGGGGAAAGAGCUCUACGAGUUAGAAGUAAUGCUAAGGGUGAAGGAAUCGGAGGUCCAAUACUUAAAGCAGGAAAUCAACUCUUUGAAAGAUGAACUCCAGGCUGCACAAAGAGACAAGAAAUAUGCGACGGAUAAGUACAAAGACAUCUACACCGAGCUGAGCAUCGUCAAGGCCAAAGCCGAGCGGGAUCUGGGCCGGCUCCGAGACCAGCUGCAGCUGGCUCACGAGGCGCUCGGUGAACCAUCGCUGGAGGAAGUGGACCGAGGAGGAGGAGGAUACGACAUCAUGAAAUCCAAAAGCAAUCCUGACAUUCUCAAGAUGGCAGCUGUCGCGGCCAAACGUUCCGAACGCACCAUGAGGUCAAAGUCUGUGAAUCGCGACAUGCCCUGGGACAAUUAGCGUUGCUGAGGACGUCCUUUAGAGUCUAAAGGAAGGACUGACACCUGAGCAAAGACUCCACCUAUUUGAAAAUAAGGACACUAAGGAGUUCUGAAUGUGACAUCCCCCAACCCCCGCCCACCCUACCUUGCUGCAUGCUUCAACUAUUUUAGCUCUGUAAUGGCGUAUUUGGUAACACGACACACACUGGUCACAAAACAAACAUGUAUUAUUAAAGGACACAUGGUAUGAAGUUUGGAUUUCAUGUUUAGAAUUUGCAUUCCGUGCACUUCAGUUAACUGUGACAUUUUUUUUUUGUAUUUGUCCGCCCCCCCGCCCUUUCAUUGUUUGACUGUAAAUAUCGUUUUUAAUGGAGCAUCUGCCACGCAUGCACGCGUACACUAAAACUAUGACUGUGUAAGCUACUGUUUUAACUCUUAGACUGUUGCGAGCCAAGAAUGUGACGUCCGAACGACCCAGCAUUCCCGGCCACUAAUACAUGCAUAAUACGUAGGAAUGAACGGUUCUGCCGUUCCGGUCGCUCUGUCGGCAUUCCAGCAAAGAUGGAAGUGGGAAGGGAAGUAUAUCAUGUUGCUCCAUCGCAUGGCUUCUAAGUAACGGCAGAGAUGCUCUCUGCCAUGGAUUGAUCCCCCACGGAAAGACUGCAGCUGAAUGCACAUGGAUGAGGUUCUCUGACUAAUUUAUAUAUAUUACGUUUUAUAUGGUUUUUUUCUCUCUCUCUCACUGCAAUCAUUGCUCCAGCUGUUUAGAAGUUGGUUGUGUUUGUAGUUUUGCCUGUAUUUAUUUCAAUGGUUGGGAUUUUUUCUUUCACAUUCCCCUUCCUCUGUACUCUUAAUUUUGUAAAUAUAGACACAUAUUCACCAACUGAUUACAGGUUUAUUAGCAAUAAAUAUUUUUGCACCCUU